AUGAAAUCGAUCAUUUGGACUGCAAUUACAUUAUUAACAGCAAUAAGUAUUUCUUCAACUUGUGCAUCAGAUGUACUCUAUUUAAAUAGUACAAAAGAAUUUGAAAAUGCAAUUCAACAAAAUGAUCUUGUAUUAUUAAAAUUUUUUGUUCCUUGGUGUCCUCAUUCUAAAGCUUUGGAACCUGAAUAUGAAAAAGCUGCCACUAUCCUACGACCAGAUAAUGUUACCUUAUCAGAAAUUGAUUGCUCUAUAAAUCAAGAUAUUUGUACAAGAUAUAAUGUUCAGGGUUAUCCUACUUUACAAGUUUUUAGGAAAGGACAUCCUAGUGAUAUUUAUCCUUUUGAACGUAAUUCAGAUAAUAUAGUUGAAUAUAUGAGAAGUCACUUGUCAAAUGGUUUGAUAUAUCUAAAAACAAAAGAAGAAUUAGAAUCACUUAAAAAAAAUGAGUCACUUGUAGUUAUUGCCUAUCUCACUGAAAAUGAUACAUCAAAUAUAGAAAAAUGGAAAACCUUUUCUGCAGAUCUAAUUGAUGACUUUGCUUUUGGUAUUGUUACUGAUAAAGUAUUGAUAGAUGCUGAGGAAAUUCAAUCUUUUCCUAGUAUUGUUCUUUACAAACGAUUUGAUAACUUGCGUGACGUCUACAGAGGAGAAAUUAUAGCUGAUCAAGUGGAAGACUUUAUUAAGCUUAAUUCAGUACCUUUAUUGUCUUCAAUUGAUCCUUCCAACUUUAUGGAUUACGUGGAUGCAGGUCGUCCACUUGUUUAUAUCUUUUCUAAUUCAGAAGAAAUGCACAAUGAAAUGCAUGACUUAUUCUUCCCCUUGGCUAAAAAAUAUAAAGGCAUCUUCAGCUUUGUAUAUAUCGAUGCAAGACAAUAUGCAUCACAAGCAGAGUUUUUAUCCUUGACAGGUAACAAAUGGCCCGCUUUAGCUGUACAUAACUUUAAAACAGGCGCUCGAUACCCAUAUGAUGAAAGUAAAGAUUUAAAAGAGAAUGAUAUUAUUCAAUUCUUGGAAUCUGUUCGAAAAGGUCAAGGAAAGCCAGCACUUAAAUCACAAGCAUAUCCUAUUCGUAAGCCUGAUGAUGUUGUAAAAGUGGUAGUAGGUAAUGAUUUUGAAGACAUUGUAAUGGACAAAUCAAAGGAUGUACUUUUGGAAAUUUAUGCACCCUGGUGUCGUUAUUGUCAAGCCUUAGCCCCUAUCUAUCAGCAAUUAGGUGAAAUUAUGCAAUCUUAUAAUGCUGAAAAGGAGCAUGAUAUUGUAAUUGCAAAGAUGGAUGGCACACUUAAUGAUGUACCUCUUUCUGCUGGCUUCAGUAUUAAGGCUUAUCCAACAAUUAAAUUUUUUAAGGCAAACACAAACGAAAUUAUUGAUUAUGAUGGUGAACGUACUUUACACGAUCUUGUCAACUUUUUAAACCUUUAUUCUACAAAGCAAACUUUAAAGAUCGAUUUGGAAAGCUUAUUAUCCCAACCUUCUAACAUCGAUAAAGAAACUUAUAGUAGUGUUAUACAGCAUGAUGAAUUUUAA